ACCCAAAUGCUUAUCUUAACUCUUAACACCACCAAAGAGCAAAAGCAUACCAACAAACACAUAAUCCACUUAAAACCCAACAUCAAACUAUAGACAAACGAAGAAAGCAUACGCUAGAUAAAUAGACAACAGAAACAACAGCUUUUAUCCAAAAGCACAAAACAAGAGGUAGAAAAGAGAGAGAACUUGCAUUGAUUUUUAAGAAAUAUUAUUAUUUGCAUGAUUAAUGUCAUCUAAAGCACCACCAUCAUCUUCUUGUUGCCUCAAGAAGCCAUGAUGUUCUAAUUUCAACCCUAUAGACAUCAUUCCUAUAUUAUUAGUCCUCAACUCACUAGCACCAGGGGUCCCCAAUCGCGAACCCAUCAUGGGCAUGGUGGACCUCACCAUCUCUACUCCACCUCUAUCACCACCACCAUACCAUAGCCCGGCUGCACUGCCAAUAUCUGCUCAAAGAAAUCAUCUCCUAAUCCCUCAGGUGGAGAAUUUUCCGUCAUGCAAAGUAAAGCAAAUAAACACUUGGUGUGCUAAAAAUGGUAACAGUAGCAAGAAUGAUUAUUUUUUAUAGUGUGGAGAGGAUGUUGAGGAAACCCAAAAAAAAGAAAGUGUUGGUGAAUUGGGUGAUAGAUCGGGGACCCAAGAACCCCGAAAGCUAAUUGUUGAUUCCAAUAUGGUCUAUGGGUAUGGCUAGGGAGCUGGCUGCUCUUAUUUUGAAGAAGUUGUUUGUAGAGAGAGAGAGGGGAGCUCUGAAAGUGCUGCAGCUCUUUUUAUGGAUUUUGCUUUUGGGUUUGACUUUGUGUUGUGAGUGCUCUCAGCUGCUGUGUGUGAUAAUGGGUUUUUUUAAGCAGAGCCCUGAUAGUUUCCAUUUUGAGAGAGAAACUGAAAAGAGAGAACUCGGGGAAAAAGAGACCGUGAUUUAAGGCAGAAGAAAUCCUAUUUUUUAAAAUUUUUUAUUUAAGGAGGGAUGAUAUAAAUAUUUUUUUACAAUGGGAGAAAAUAGACAGAGGAAAUGUACAUUUGAAUGAAAUAAAAAUAAAUAAAAAUAGAGAGAUUUAAAUAAAAUAAAAAUAGAUGAAAAUGGAGAGGUUUAAGGAAUACUGGAACUGAAAAGUGUAAAAGGCAACCUCGAGAUAGCGAAACGGUCUUUACUUCCGGGCUGAGGCAGAAAGAGAAACGAAGAGAGUUGCAGUUGUCAAAUUCUAUCGAUUAAGAGGAAAACCGGAGGAGGGGAAGAAAAGGAUUAAGACAAUAUUGACAUGCACUGGUGAUCGGAACAACAAAGAUAAAAGCAAGCCCUAAUGCAGCAAGCUUUGCUUCAACAACAUCACAUGUACCACCCAGGUGUCCUCGCUGCUGCUAUGUCUCAGAUGGAGCCAAUCCCCAGCGGAAAUCUUCCUCCUGGCUUUGAUUCAUCUACAUGCCGCAGUGUUUAUGUAGGAAAUAUUCAUGUAAAUGUCACUGAGAAACUUCUUGCUGAAGUUUUCCAGACUGCUGGUCCUCUUGCAGGAUGCAAGCUCAUCAGAAAGGAUAAGUCAUCAUAUGGUUUUGUGGACUACCAUGAUCGAUCAUCUGCAGCGCUUGCAAUUAUGACACUUCAUGGACGGCAACUUUAUGGUCAGGCACUUAAGGUGAAUUGGGCAUAUGCAAAUAGCCAAAGGGAAGAUACAUCAGGCCACUUCCAUAUAUUUGUUGGUGAUUUGAGUCCAGAGGUUACUGAUGCAACUUUAUUUGCAUGCUUCUCAGUCUAUGAUAGUUGCUCUGAUGCAAGGGUGAUGUGGGAUCAUAAAAAUGGCCGCACGAAAGGAUAUGGCUUUGUUUCCUUCCGUAAUCAGCAGGAUGCACAGAGUGCUAUCAAUGACUUGACUGGUAAAUGGCUAGGGAAUAGGCAAAUAAGAUGCAACUGGGCAACUAAAGGCUCUGGGUCCAGUGAAGACAAGCAAAUUAGUGAUAACCAAAAUGCAGUUGUACUUACCAUUGGAUCUUCAGAAGGAGCUCAAGAAAAUACUAAUGAGGAUGCUCCUGAAAACAAUCACGCAUAUACUACUGUCUAUGUUGGUAAUCUUUCCCAUGAGGUAACUCAAGCUGAACUUCACUGUCAAUUUCAUGCUCUUGGGGCGGGGGUAAUUGAAGAGGUUCGUGUUCAGAGAGAUAAAGGUUUCGGAUUUGUAAGAUAUAGUACUCAUGAAGAAGCAGCCUCUGCCAUUCAGAUGGCCAACGGGAAAAUAAUUCGUGGGAAACCCAUGAAGGUCAGUGUUCAUGGGGUAGUAAGCCAACACCCCCUGGGACAGCUUCAAAUCCUUUACCGCCUCCGACUCAACCUUAUCAAAUGCUUCCAUCUGGAAUUAACCAAGGCUAUUCUGCGACUGAUUUGUUGGUCUACCAGCGUCAACUUGCCCUGAGCCAAGCUACUGCAUCGGGCUUAUCUGGUCAAGCUCUAGUACAGCUGACUGGACAACAUGGUCUUGCUGCUUCUAUGGGUUUGAACUCUGGUGGGUCCCAUGGCCUGUAUGAUGGAUAUCCUAACAGUUCUUCGGCUCAACAGCUCAUGUAUUAUCGUUGAUGAUCAGCCAUUAUGACCUAAACUUUUAUUGACCGAGUACUUUCCCUCGUGUUGGGACUUCAUUUUUUUGUUCCUGUUAUGAUUUCGAAGUAUGGGAAUGUGAAUUCGUUCAUCGCAGUCAAGUGUGGUGUGGUUAUGUUUUAUGAUACCAUAGGUGAUGACCGAUGAGCAUUUGUUGGGUUAUCCUUCUUCUUUGGUUAAAUGAGGCUCGCUUUAUUUCA